AACGGAGCUGCAGGGAAACUGGACGUUAAUCUACAGAGAAGCAGAUAAAAAGCUUAACCGAGCUACCGUCGCUCCUUCAGCCGGGAUUCAGCUCCUGUCAGCCCGCAGAGGAGGACCAGCUGCCCACAGCGAUGCCGGAGACUGAGAGCUACUCCAACCCUUUGGCCCCUGAGGGCCACGAUGUGGACGACCACAGAGCUGCUGCGCAGUCCAAGCUGACCAAUGAUGACUUCAGGAAGCUGCUGAUGACGCCCCGGGCGACGCCUGCCUCGGCCCCGCCCACCAAGUCCAGACAUCAUGAAAUGCUGAGGGACUACAACGAGGAUGAGGAUCCUGCAGCGAGGAGGAGGAAGAAGAAGAGUUAUUAUGCCAAGCUUCGGCAGCAGGAGAUGGAGCGAGAGAGGGAGCUGGCCGAGAAGUACAGGGACAGGGCCCGGGAGCGGCGGGACGGCGUCAACAAGGACUACGAGGAGACCGAGCUGAUCAGCACCACGGCCAACUACCGGGCCGUCGGACCCACAGCGGAGGCGGACAAGUCAGCAGCAGAGAAACGACGCCAGCUCAUCCAGGAGUCCAAGUUCUUGGGAGGAGACAUGGAGCAUACCCAUUUGGUGAAAGGUCUGGACUUCGCUCUGCUGCAGAAGGUGAGAGCUGAGAUCAACAGCAAGGAGAAGGAGGAGGAGGACCUGAUGGAGAAGGUCCAGAAAGAGACCAAGAAAGACGUGGAGCCGGAGGAGAAGAUCGAGUUCAAGACCCGUCUGGGAAGGAACAUCUACCGCGUGGUCUUCAGGUCAGGGGUCCCUGAAAGGAACGAGCUCUUCCUGCCCGGCAGGAUGGCCUACGUGGUUGACCUGGACGAUGAAUUCACCGACACAGACAUCCCCACCACGCUGAUCCGCAGCAAGGCUGACUGUCCCAGUAUGGAGGCUCAGACGACUCUCACCACCAAUGACAUCGUGAUCUCCAAGCUGACUCAGAUCCUGUCCUACCUGAGACAGGGGACACGUCACAAGAAGAUGAAGAAGAAGGACAAAGGCAAAGCGGAUGAGAAGAGGGCCCCUGAAGUCGACAUCAGCAUCUUUGAUGACAUUGGAGACUAUAUUCCAUCUGCCAAACCGAGCAAAGACAAAGAUCGGCACAGAUCACGAGAUGAGGACAGCAAGAGCAGGAGGCAGGCCUACUUUGAGAAACCCAGAGGAGACGAACACCAGCUGAUGGAGGUGGACACAGCUCCAGAAUCCAUCAAAGAUCAGAUCAAGAUGAUCAAUGAGAAGUUUAGAGGAGCAGCAGCCAGCCAGUGGCAGAACCAGGAGCCUGGUUCCCAGAGGAGGGACUCCGGUAAGGAGCAGCUUGGAGAUUUCUUCGGAGGAUCCAACUCCUACGCUGAGUGCUACCCAGCAACGAUGGAUGACCUUGCAGUGGACAGCGAUGAGGAGGUGGACUACAGUAAGAUGGACCAGGGUAAUAAGAAGGGUCCACUUGGCCGCUGGGACUUUGACACGCAGGAGGAAUAUUCAGACUACAUGAACAACAAAGAGGCUCUGCCAAAGGCUGCCUUCCAGUACGGCAUCAAGAUGUCUGAAGGCAGGAAGACGCGGCGCUUCAAAGAGACCAAUGAGAAAGCUGAGCUGGACCGUCAGUGGAAGAAGAUCAGCGCGAUCAUAGAGAAGAGGAAGAAGAUGGAGGCAGAUGGGGUGGAUAUCAAGAGGCCCAAAUACUGAGGACUUCUGCAGACCAGUACCGACCGAUCCACUAUCGUCUUGCAGUUUAACUCCAGUUUAUUGUAAAACUAAACAGUCUGUUGUCAUGAUAGCAAGAGCUGAUCCUACCCCAUCUAUUGUAUUAUGUCAGUAGUUAUUAAUCUCUUAGUUGUUGCAAGUUUCCCAAUAAAUUCUAUUCAGUUUAUUUCUAUGCUCCAAUACCCAUCAUGUCAUCUAAGGGCACUUUAUAGAUCCAGAUUAUUUAGAUCAUCUAUUCGGAUUAAAGUUUCUAAGGUCCACCAGCUGGUUGCAUCCAGUCAUUGCCUUUACAGGACGAGUAACUAGAAACAGUAGAUAUCGACUCUUCAGCAAUCCCUCAUACCAAGCAUGCACACGGUGAGAGUGGGGAGGAAAACUCUAUUUGAACCAGAAGAAACCUCCAGCAGAACCAGGCUCUGUGUGAGCGGCCAUCUGUUGAGGGGGGUUCAAGGAGACAGAAGCAGACAUAGAAAAUGAACAUAGAAGCUCUGGUCUAUAAAUACCUUCUAUGUUAGAAAAGCUAAUGCUAAAUUAGCUUCAUUGGUCGCUCCGUCUCGGAAUGAAAUGUUUAAUCAGACAAGCAUCAAGGCCGUUUUCAUGUCCAAGGAUGAAGGAGAGAACAUCCAGUUGGUCCCAGUAAAAGCUGAGCCCAUAUUUAUGUCUAGCAGAGAAACAUAUGCCAGUUUAAUGCAAGUAGCCAUCUUUCACCAAAGGUCCAACAUGUGUGCUGAAUGUUGUAAUCUGGCUUUAUUGACAAUAUAUUUUUGGUGUUAAAAUUAAUAUUCAUAUAUGUGGUUGUAAAUGUGUGUGUAAGUGAAAACGGUAAACUUUCAUACCACCA